CGAUGAAAGCAGGCACAUUUGGGUCGCGAGAUUUUGGGCAGAACGCGAGAUUUUCUAUGUGACCAAGGGAACCGUGUUUUGUUGCUGGCAGGCAUGACUUUCUAAACCGCUGUCUUGCUAGCACAGGAGCAUCUUUGCAAUUCGCAUGGAGCUUCCAGAACCGAUCAGAAGACGUUUAGGACACUUUUCCAGAACUGUGUUUGUUGAUCAGAGUCGUACUCAACCAUCUCCCGAAGAUCAUGUCGCGUUUUUGGGGCACAACAGUGAGGUUGUCUCCAGCCUGCCUCUCCAGAUGUCACUGUUCUUCAACAUGUGUUUUUUCCCACUGUGGUGGAUCAGCGAGGUGGUGAUGCUGCACCUCAAGUAUCCAGCCCUUCCUGACUACUAUAAGUUCAUCCUCAUCACCAUCCUCAUCCUGAUGACUCUUGUAGAGGCUAUCCGACUCUACCUAGGCUAUGCAGGAAAUUUGCAAGAGAAGGUCCCUGAGCUGGCUGGUUUCUGGCUCCUGAGUCUCCUGCUGCAGUUUCCUUUGAUUCUGUUUCAGCUCUUCAACCAAGCCAUUCUGAUCCAACCUCUGGAGAGAGGGGUUCACUUCAUUCUAGCCCUGUUCAUACUCACACAGGCUCUCUCUGGCUUUGUAGCUCUACGUGGGAUGGUCAGACACACAGAGAGCCACUUCCACCUCAGACAGUUUGAUGGGGUUCAGGAGCUGAGGGCCUGACUGCUCUGCUGAGUUGACAUGCAGAGACAGAGGUACUCGGGUGUAAAUCUCCUAUUGAUGUUGAUUAUGAGAAAUUUGAGUUGCUUAAGUGUAUCUCAAGUUAGAAUUCAGCUUUGUGUUUUCAGUGGACCAUGUUCAGACAUUAACACAAUGUGUUUUGUGCCUUGAGUGAUCAUUUUUGGGGGUUGUUGUACAGAUGUGAAGACAAUAAAGGUUUGGGUUUUUAGACGUA